CAAGACCAUUCUCAAUCUCAACGCUGAGCUGGAUUGGGUAACAAAAUCACAACAAACCUUGCUCGUGCUGCUGGGCGAGUUGCAAAUACCAAAUACAAAUUGAACACAUAAACAUAAACACGAGGCCAGUUAUCUUCACAAUCAGACAAUUAAUCGUAUUUUGUGUUUUAUUGGUUCUCUGUAUGCCAGUUCCAAUUAUAAAAAGUAUACGGUCGCUGGACACAGUUAUCUGUUUUAUUUUACAAAAUAACUGACAACUCUUGAUAAACUUUUGUUGAUUUUACGAAAAAAUUGUGUUACUGUACAAAUUACUUGCGUUCCACGAGAACGAACAGUGUACCAUUUUUCUAGGUGGGUGAAACUCAGAAGGCGUGAAUUACUGCCGAAAAGAUUAUAGUUUUUGGUGACUGUUCAAUUUGAUUUGUUUGUAUUAUUUUAGGCAUUUUAAUUAUAUUUAUCAUAACUUGCUAACAAAGUUUAAGAUACUUUAAUUAAAUAUUAAGACAUUAGACAGCACAUCACGAAAAAAGUAUGUUGUAGUAUAAACGUGAUAAAACAUAACGACAAGCCUUUAUUACUCACUUCAACACAUUCAACAUUAAAUAUUACAAUGCAAGUUUCAACAGUUUUUAAGAAUUGUGUGCAUUUCCCUACAAUAUAAUGCAUUUAAAGGAGCCAUAAAAAAUAAAUGUGAACACAUAAUUUGUGACUUGAGAAGCUAGUAAUAAUUAAAACAAAACCGUCAAUCAUCAAAAUCGUGGUUUAUUGAGUUUACAGUCAUUCAUCAUUGACAUAAUUAUUGAUUCAAUUCCUUGGUGAAUUUUAAUUUAUGGUACAGCAGUACGUGCUCAAUAUACAAUAACAUAAAUAUGAUACCAAAAACUUUGAUGGCAUAUCGUUCCACAAGAUCGUGAAUUGAUACGGAAAUAUCUUGGAGAGAUUAUCGGUUUUUGCAUUCCAUCUAUUAAACGCCAAGGCGAAGGACUGGAUAUGAAGUGGUCAUCAUCAUCAUCAUUGGUGCUCAUUCCUUGCAUUCUGGUAUGGGGACAGUCCUUCUUGGGGUUGGUUGCCGCUGGGGGGUGGCAAGACGACGUCCCACCCAAAGUGAUAUUGGACAAAGAACCAGACGACACGAUAACUUUCUCCGGAAAUGGAUCAUUUACUGACUUCUUCAAGAUUGUCGUUCAGGACGGCAAAAACAUUUUGGUUGGAGCAAGGAACGCUGUCUACAACUUGACUCAGGCCGGCCUUAAACUCAACCAUAAACUGGAGUGGUAUUCUGAAGAAGACGACAUUCAAAUGUGCUUAACCAAAGGAAAAGAGCCUGAAAAUUGUCAAAAUUACAUCAGAGUAUUGAGCGUGACAGGGCCUGGAAAAAUUUUGGUUUGUGGGACUAAUGCCUAUAAACCUAGAUGCCGUUAUUAUCAUCUAAGUGCCAAUGGCCAUUACACCCAACUUGGAGCGGAGAAGACUGGUCAAGGGAUUUGUCCUUACGAUCCCAGACACAACAGCACCUCUGCCUAUGUUGAUGGCGAAGUGUAUGCUGGAACGGUUGCAGAUUUUACAGAGGUUGAUCCCUUAAUUCAUCGCUGGGAUUCUCUACGGACGACGCAGUACGACCUCAAAUAUCUCAAUUCUCCCAAUUUCGUCGGCUCUAUGCAAUACGAGGACUUUGUCUUCUUCUAUUUUCGAGAAACGAGUCAAGAGUCUACCAAUUGUGGCAAGGCUGUAUUUUCUCGGGUCGGACGUGUUUGUAAAGGGGAUAGAGGGUUUCCACGUGCCCGUGGGAGUGCGAAGAACCGGUGGACCACAUUUUUCAAAGCGAGACUCAAUUGUUCCAUCCCUGGGGAAUUUCCUUUCUACUUUGAUGAAAUACAAUCGACAUCAUCCUUGCUGCCCUCUUCACAGCUAGGGAAUGAAGUGGUCUAUGCAGUUUUUACGACGGGUGUGAACAGCAUCACGGGUUCAGCAGUAUGCGCGUUCAAGAUGAGGGAUCUCCUGGACGUUUUCGAUGGACGAUUUAAAGCCCAAGAAAAACCAAACAUGCACUGGCUUCCUGUAGAACAAGAGAAGGUACCGGAGCCACGGCCAGGCCUCUGUGUUAAUGAUUCUACGACACUUCCUGACCAAUAUUACCUCUUCGUCUCUGCCCACACGUUGAUGGAUGAGCCUGUUCAGCCUCUGCUCGGGAGACCAGUGUUGACUCGAGCGUUUGAACCAAGUCGAUUGACUACCAUCGCAGUUCAUACGAACGCCACGACUCCCGAUGGACAGGCUUAUGAUGUCCUUUUUAUUGGAACUGAUGAUGGAAAGAUCCUGACCGUGAUAAAUGUGGGCCGAGGAGAGGGACAGGAACCCGUCCGGACGGUCAUGAUUCAAGAAAUGCAGAUAUUUAAGACACCCGUGAGGGAAAUGUUGUUUCUUGGAGGUAGCCCCCCGAAACUUUUGGCAUCUUCGGAUCAUAACCUGAAACUUAUCAACGUGCGUCAGUGUUUCACUUCCAAAAUCAAGUCUUGCAGCGACUGUGUUUCUCUGCAAAGUCCGUAUUGUGCCUGGCACAAGAGGGAAUCCAAAUGUGUAACGAUCCCUCUGGAUCGACCCAUUUCAAGAAGAGAUUACAUUCAAAACGUGUUGUCCACUGGAAAUCAUUCUGAUUGUCCAAAGUUUAGCAGCAUGAGCAGCAACGCAAUUCCAUCAGAGCAGCUCCACAAAAGCACUUCUAAAUCCCUGGACUCAUCCGGUAGUCAAACUAUCACUAUUCUGUCAGACGACGGACAGCAAACUAAGGAGGUUGUCAAUGAAGGGCCCGUCGUUAUCGGUCCAAGAAGAGAAUCCUACACUGCAGAGACGUUAUCCAUCGCGGUCGGAGUUGGCUGCAUUGUAGCAAUCUUGCUCGGUUUCUUGGCCGGAUGGGGUUGUGCAAAACGUUGCCGCAAAGAAGACAACAUACCUUAUCCAGACACGGAUUAUGAGUACUUUGAACAACGGCAUAAUCUGAAUAUCAACACGAGAUUAGUAGGGGAGGGGAAGGAAGAAGCAACGUAUGCAGAACCUGUCCUGGAUGGUAAAAACAAUUCGAACUUAAACAACAUGAUGCCCCAGGUCAAUCACCAUCAACCAGAUCACCAAGAGACAACCACCAUGUUUCAUUUUGCGCAACCAUACGCCAGGGAUUUGUACAGGUUCGAAGGCGAUUUGAAUUCUAGAGGAAGACCGGACCCGUUCGGCAGCCUAAGACCAGGGGGAAUGCAUUUGGAUGGGGGAUAUGGCACACAUCGACAACCAAAUAACUUAGGCCCGAAACCCAACAUCCCUGACGGAUACGGUACUGCGAGAUCUGUCAAGAAAGUUUACCUUUGAUUCUAAGUCGUCGACAGCAAUGCGUGUCUUCAUCUCAUCAUAUACGAAGAAGAAGAUAUAAAAGCACAUGACCCAAAGUCCAUUUUACUCCCCUCAACCAUCUAUCUAUCCAUCUCUCUCUCCCUCUUCAUUCAUCAUUCAUUCAUGAUGUAUCGAUUCGUCGUUUGGAGGAUUACUGUCACUAUACUACUCAACCAACCGUGUGUGAAAUGAAUAAGGAAAAUGAAAGUUUGUUGAAUUUGAAUUUCAAGUCGAGUUGGCCAUCCACGUGUUUGAUAUUCCUGCAGCUCGUUUAUAUAAGACUGAAUACAUUUGAAAUUGGGAUUUUGAAGUGGAAUGAGAUUGAACUUUGGUAUGUAUCAUUAACAUAAGACGUAACACUAUCCAUGCACGCAGUGUAACUAUUUUAUUCAAUUAUUUUGUCCAUAUUUACAAGAUAAGUUUUUCAUAUACAGGGUGGUUAAAAUGUCACGCAACAAUGGAAAAUUUUUCGAUGGGAAAAAUUUGUAAAUUUCCAUUAGUUACCGAAAUUUUGUCUCUAAAAUGCAACAUUUUAAGAAUUUUGUCAUCAGUUUUGAUAAUAAUUUAUAAAAAUCUCAAUCCGAAAUCUUGUAACUAAUGGAGAUUUAGGGACUUUUCCCAUUGAAAAAUUUUCCAUUGUGGCGUGACAUUUUAACCACCCUGUACAUGUGUAUCAUGAGAAUCCUUGCACAAAAAAGUCAAAGUUCAAACUCAUUUCAUGAAUGCAGAGAUACAGCAAGUCACCUGAAAGGUGUUUGCCGUUUGUUAGCGUACAUGAAAAUUUUGUUGAAACCCUUCAUGCAACACAUGAAAACACAAACACAUGAAAUUCUCAUAUGAAUAUCCCGAGACACUUUAAGCAAAACAAGGUGCAAUUUGGCCAGACGUUCUUCGUCUCGCUCCGACGAUAAUAUUAUGUUUUAAUUUACACAUAUUCAUGACACUUGUAACUUAAGACUUUUGGAUUCGUAUGAAUCUCUCCAUGCAAAUACGCCGAGCAGCACAGAAACAGACGUACAUAUAUCUUGUACGAUAGACGUAAAGUGUUUGAAUUUCUGAUAUUUUCUAAUCUUGCCCUUCUAUGUAAACUCUAAAACGCAAUCGAGUCCAGUGUAAAAGUCUUAUUUAAAAUAUUUCAAUUCCUUUGACAUCCUCUAGAUCUUAGACUAGACGCUACUUACACAUCCGCAUCCUUGACUUUUAAGCACACCCUUAUCUGUUGUGACUCCCAACAAAAAAAAAUUAACUCGGAUAUCGUAUUUUUAAACCUACAUGUAACCUCGCUAGUGAUCCAUUUUAUAAUUAAAUUAUAGUCGACUAUAAUGCAACUUAUUUCACUGAUGAUGACGUAGAGAGUACCUAGUUGCAGAAAUUGCCUUACAGUCUCGUGUUGUUUAAUUUAACAUUUUCCGAAACGAAUAAGUCGCCAUGAAUGACACAAGAAAGAUAAACAUAGACGCGUUGAAUAGUAUUGUUAAAUAUUGUUUCUCAUCGUCAGUCAUCGUUCCAUUCUAGUUUUCUAGUCUCGUGUACCACAAUGUACUCUCCAGAAUAUAAGAUUGAAUAACCUAUAAACAAAGAUGUUCAUUGAUGUCAUAGGAUUUUGUAAUCGUUUUUGUAUGUUUAUGUUACUCACUUUUGUAAUUUUUAUUAAUUUUGUGACAUGCAUAUUAUUGUGGCAGCUUUAUUAGACUGGACGAUGAUAUAUACUUUCAUACGCUGCAUUUUUCGAUUGCAUUUUGAUCGUACAUUAUAGUCAUUUUGGUUAAGUAGUUAGUUAAUGAUAUGUUAAUUUAAUUUAUUACCUUCGAUAGUUAAUCGCCGAGAAUUUAUUUUGAGUCCGCUGUGAUAAAUCAUAACUAAGGAGGAGGUGAGUGAAUUAUUGGUUUGCAAAAAUAUGAACGGAAAACUCCAGGCAGGCAGGCAGAGAGAUACUGCUUUCACUUUUUCGGUCAGUAUACAAGAUUAGGUGUUAAGGAUAGAUUAUUCACACACAACGAUGCAAUUAAGCCAGCUUGGUUGUUCAACAGAGCAUAUCCAGUAACUGAAGAAGUUGAUGCCAUUAUUUAUUUAUUAUUACAUGUAAUUAGCUAGUACCACAAUGCAAUGCCCACCGGGCAGAAAUGCCAUGAUAAUUGUAGAAAUGCAUAUUAGUGUAUGUAUCUAGAUUCUUCAACUACAUGUUAUUAUUAUUAUUAUCAUGAUAAUACUCAAUACACUUUAAUAGCACUCGUUUUUGUCUCCUUCGUGAAGAGUGAGUAUGUGUAUAAAGGAAGAAUAAUGAUAGACACGAGCAUAAUAAAACGGCCUUUACCUUUCUCCUUACAUGCAUGUAUGUAAACGUAUAAAAAACACUGAAAAUUAUUUAUGCAUGGCUUAUUUACCACUAAUUUGAACACUUUUUUCAAUGAGCGAUAAAGAAAAUUAAAGCAUUUUCAUAGCAGGAAGAAGAAGAUGCGAAUUGCUAGGCAGUCAAUUAUGCAUUCAUUCAAUCUCAUCAAAAACUGUCAAUCUAAUAAAAUACGUAAAAAGACCUACAUCUAAUACCUAUAUAAUGUAAGAGAAAGUAUUGUUGUCUAAUAAUUUACGACCUGUGUGGUAGAAUAAAUUACAUGAGCGGUUAACAAAUAAUUAGGAUAUUAAUUGACUCGAUUUAAAUUAUUGAGAACGAUUCGUCUCUGGUAGUUCACAAGAAAGCCCUAAUAAAUAACUGAGACGGGGAUGUUACUUCCAUGUAAAAGUGGUACGUGUCACCCUCUCAUGCAUUAACCAAAUAAAUUAUAUAAAGCAAUUUGUAAACAUACAUCUAACGUAAAUGUUUGGCGGAAUCAAGGAGUAAUAAAAAGUCCCUUCAAUGUCAACCAAUAUGCAAAACUAUCAUACGUUAUCAUCCUCAGCUUCAGUGACAAGUUGACAACUGCUGAAUACAUAACGCGGUUGCUUACAUAUUUAGAUUGGAAAUUAGAAAUGUAAAAAGUCUGUCUGUAUGUUGAAGAGUUGAAGUCAUUUUUGGGUAGAAUUAUUAAUAAAUAGUUUAUCCAAUCGAAUAAUAUUACUAGAUGAUUUUAAUAAAUUACGGUUUAGAUCGAGCUAUUAUAAUUGUACAAAUUACGACGACGAUGUAUAAUCACGCUGAUAUGUACGUACUAUGACAUAUAGUUGAUAAACCCAAAUAAAGAAUCUGAUGUUUUAUGAAA